GCCACGUGGUGGAAGCCGCCUGGCUGCGCUUGCGCUCUUCAGCACACUGGUUCUCCCGUCGCCGUGCGGUCUUUUGGAGAGCGCAGUACCAGUACCUUGUCAUUCUGACCCGGGGGUUCCUGAGAGCGUGUGGCAGACAUGUCUAAUGCAAAAGAAAGAAAACAUGCCAAGAAAAUGAGAAACCAGCCCACUAAUGUGACUUUAUCCUCUGGCUUUGUGGCUGAUAGAGGCGGAAAGCACCAUACUGGAGGUGGAAAACCUUCCCAAGCUCAAAAACAAGAGCUUCAUUCUGGAACCUCACGACAGCGGCAAAUCAAGACGAGCCCCCACUCACUUCCUGAGCCUGAUGUGAAUGAGCAGUCUUCCUCUAAAAACAUGUUUAAAAAAAAAGGAGGCUGGAAAGCAGGUCCUGAGGGCACUUCUCAGGAAAUUCCCAAAUAUUUAACUGCUUCUACUUUUGCUCAAGCACGAGCUGCCGAAAUCAGUGCUAUGUUAAAAGCAGUGACCCAGAAGUCUUCCAAUUCACUGGUUUUCCAGACUCUUCCACGGCACAUGCGACGAAGAGCCAUGAGCCACAACGUCAAACGCCUUCCCAGACGGUUGCAGGAGCUGGCCAAGAAGGAGGCAGAGAAAGCGGUCCACCAGAAAAAAGAACAUUCAAAAAAUAAAUGCCAUAAAGCUCGAAGAUGUCACAUAAACCGGACACUAGAAUUUAACCGUAGACAAAAGAAAAACAUCUGGUUAGAGACUCACAUCUGGUACGCCAAACGGUUUCAUAUGGUGAAGAAGUGGGGCUACUGCCUCGGGGAGAGGCCAACGGUCAAGAGCCACAGAGCCUGCUAUCGAGCCAUGACGCACCUUUGCCUCCUCCAGGACUUAUCUUACUACUGCUGUUUGGAGUUGAAGGGCAGAGAGGAAGAAAUACUAAAGGCGCUUUCUCAAAUGUGUAGCAUAGACACAGGACUCACAUUUGCUGCAGUUCACUGCUUGUCUGGGAAGCGCCAAGGGAGCCUCAUGCUUUAUAGGGCAAAUAAGUAUCCCAGAGAAAUGCUUGGGCCUGUUACAUUUAUUUGGAAGUCUGAGAGGACCCCUGGUGAUGCUUCUGGGAAUAGGCAACUGUGGAUCUGGCUUCAUCCAACUCUUAAACUGGCCAUCUUAGAGGAAAUAAAAACAGUGUGCCUAUGUUCAGAACCCAUCAAAUCAGAUGUUUGUGUCCCUAACCCACUGCCAACACCAGUCCAAGAAAAGAGCCACCCUGAGCUGGCUGAUGACAUAGUUGGUAAGAAAAGAAAAAGGAAAAAUGAUGAAGAAAAUGCUAAGCCAGUUAAGAAAAUUAUUGGUGAUGGGACUCGAGAUCCCUGUCAGCCACGUUCAUGGGUCUCUCCAACCACAGGGAUCAUAAUCAGUGAUUUGACAAUGGAGAUAAACAGAUUCCGGCUGAUCGGUCCCCUUUCCCAGUGCAUCCUGACCUCGGCCCUGAAAGCUGCUCCUGUACACACUGGGGAAGAGGACACAGAGGAGUCACCUCAUCACUGGUGGACUGACACUUGCAAGAACUCUGAUAGCAUUUCCCUUCACCAGAGACAAGAAGCUGUGUUUCAGUUGUUGGGAGGGAUAUCAUCACCAGCAGAAAUCCCUGCAGGUACUAUUCUGGGACUGACAGUUGGAGAUCCUCGAGUAAAUUUGCCUCAGAAGCGAUGCAAAGCCUUGCCCGAUUCAGAAAGAUGCCAAGAUAAUGAGAAAGUUAGACAGCUGCUUCUGGAGGGUGUGCCUGUGGAGUGUACACGUAGCUUUAUCUGGAACCAAGAUAUCUGUAAGAGUGUCACAGAGAAUAAAAUCUCGGAUCAGGAUUUAAACCGGAUGAGAAGUGAACUGCUGGUGCCUGGAUCACAGCUUGUUUUAGGGCCUCAUGAAUCCAAGAUACCUAUACUUUUGAUUCAGCAGCCGGGAAAAUUGACUGGCGAGGACCGCCUGGGCUGGGGAAGUGGCUGGGAUGUCCUCCUCCCGAAGGGCUGGGGCAUGGCUUUCUGGAUUCCAUUUAUCUAUCGAGGUGCAAGAGUUGGGGGCUUAAAAGAAACUGCAGUGCAUUUUCAGUAUAAAAGGUCACCUAACAUCCCAGGCGAUUUCCCAGACUGUCUUGCUGGGGUUCUGUUUGCUGAUGAGCAAGCCAAGGAUCUUCUUGAAAAGUACAGAAGACGCCCUCCUGCCAAAAGGCCCAAUUACGUUAAGCUUGGCACGCUGGCACCCUUCCGCUGUCCUUGGGAGCAGCUGACUCAGGACUGGGAGUCCAGGGUUCAGACUCCAGAGGCAUCUCCUAUAGCUUCCACUCCCGGUGGUGAGAAGAGUGACCUAAGAAGACACAAGGUGCCUUGUGCUCCUGUGCCUGGGAAGAUCCAUCAUUCAUCUACUGAGGCAGGUAUAUCUGAAAACCAGCUCACAGAGCCAGAAGCCAUGGACACAGGGUGUCAAGACCAGGCAGGGACAGAGAAGGUCCUGGAACAGGUUGCUACCGAGAACCACGUUGCUGCCACUAGUAGCCAACUCUGUGUUCUUAGGAAUAGAAAAUUACUGAAGCAACUGUCUGCCUGGUGUGGGCCCAGUUCUGGGGAUAGGCGGGCUCCUUGCAGAGACCAGCAAGAACUGACCACAGAGGCCUGCUUGUCUAUCCUGACCCCCUUCCCCAGGGCCCUGGUGUGGGUCAGUCUGUCUCUGCUCAGGAAGGGCAGCCCCGAGCCACACACCAUGAUAUGUGUCCCAUCCAAGGAGGACUUGUUCCGGCUCAGUCAGGAUCACCAUUACCAUGGGCCCCAGGAAUCCAGACACAGUGACCCAUUUAAGAGCCUGAUUCUGAAAGAGAAAGAAAAGAAGAAAAUGGAGAAGAGACAGAACCGAGACACUGCUUCCAUGGGCCUGGCAGUGGGGGAGCUGACCACUGGUCAGGAAGCUCUGACUCGGGGGCUAUGGUCAGGCCCCCUCCCUGGAAUGACUUCACACUGCUCCAGAGUCCUCCUGGGCUUCAUCACACAGGGAGAUUUUUCCAUGGCUGUUGGCUGUGGAGAAGCCCUGGGGUUUGUUAGUGUGACAGGCUUGCUGGACAUGCUGUACAGUCAGCCAGCAGCCACAAGGGGCUUGGUACUGUUGCGGCCUCCUGCCUCCCUGCAGUAUCGGUUUGCAAGAAUUACCAUUGAGGUGUGAAUGCAGGUGCACAGUCUAGUUGGAUCAUAGCUAUGUUUGCCAAGUUCCACAGUUAGAGAGUCCUGGCUCUCCCUGCCUUCUGUUUUAAAAUAUAGUGUGAAAUGACUUGGAAAGAAGAAUUAAAAUGAUGUAAUUAUGCAGGUGAUGAACUGUUUACUUCAUUCCAGUAACCUGGUUGUUGUCCAUUUCUCUUGUCCUGGUACUGUGUCUAAAUUGUGUAAUCCUUAUAGUUAGAGCUUUAUAUUGUAUUCUCUUGGCCUGUGUAACUAUUGCUGAACAGUAUUAUAAACUAUAUAUCUUACUGUCCCUUUUUUGUUGUUCUUAGGAACAAAGAACUAUGAGGGCUCCUUGAAAAAUUUUACAGUUGUAUGAUAAGCAACAAUAACUGUUGAAUGAUUUGUUACUAAAGAGGGGGGUUGGGGUGUAGCUCAGUGGUAGAGAGCUUGCCUAGCAUGUAUGAGGCCCUGGGUUUGAGACUGACAUGGGUGUGUGUGUGUGUGUGUGUGAGAGAGAGAGAGAGAGGCGGAAGAGAGGCUGACUAUAAAUACCUAGCUUCUGCACAUAAAACACAGGCUGCCUGGAUUGCUGGAUUUUGUACUAGAGUCAACAUGGUGAACCUUGUAGCAUAAAGAAAUCACAGUUUGCUGAUGUCUGUUUUCUGGCAAACUCAGUGUAUGACAGUGCAUUAGGAGUCUAUGGCUAGGAUCCCUUGACCAUUUGGUUGUAGGCCAACAUGUGGUCCUAGGAGUUACUUAGUUUUCUUAAGUUAAAUAAAACUACUUUUUUGUUUCUGUAGAUAAUUUCUGAAAGUCA